AUGAUCGAGGCUCAUAGGUCUAAAUUUGUUGUACAUCCUGGAAACACAAAGAUGUACCAAGACUUGAAAAGUCAAUACUGGUGGGAAGAAUGGAAGUGGGAUAAGAUCAUGAUGGACAUUGUGACAAGAUUACCAUUAACACCAUCAAAGCAUGACAUUGUUCAGGAGAUUGUCGAUCGUUUGACCAAAUCUGCUCAUUUCAUUCCAAUUAGGAAGGAUUAUAAGGUUUCUAGACUAGCUCAACUUUAUGUGGGUAAUAUACUUCAACUGCAUGGGUUGCCUCCCAGCAUUGUUUUUGAUAGAGAUCCUCGAAUUACAUCAAGUACCACUGAGAAGAUCAAAGACAUACAAGAGAGACUUAAGGUUGUUCAAAGUCGUCAGAAGAGUUAUGCCGAUCUCCACCGACGAGAAGUUGAGUUUGAAGUUGGUGACUAUGUCUUCUUGAAAGUUACUUCCAUGCAUGGUGUGAUGAGAAUUCGAGUGAAGGGUAAGCUAGCCCCGAGGUAUAUUGUACCUUUCGAGGUUAUCGAGAGGGUUGGGAAGGUCGCUUAUCGAUUGAACUUACCAGCGCGGUUGGGUUAUGUUCACAAUGUGUUCCAUGAGUCGAUGUUGAUGAAGUAUACUCCAGAUCCAUCGCACAUCAUUGAGUAUGAGGCUAUCCCUUUUCAAGAGAACGUGUCAUAUGAAGAACAAUCUAUCUGA